CAGUGUCUGUUCCGCUCUCAUUCCCCCCCGCCCUCUAUCCUUGGCUCUGUUACUCUGAAGCCCCUCUCCUACUUUCGGUAGCAUCCCUCUGGAGGCUUGUAUUGUUUUAGGGGAUAAGAGGCAAGACGGAAAAAGAAAACCUGCUUCAGUGGAAUGAGAGAAAGACUUUAUAACAAGCUCCCUCCCCUCCAGGGAGGAUUCACUCUCUCUCUCUCACACAAAUACAUGAACUUGAAGUAGACAGGGAUCCGUGUACUGUGCAGACACACACACACACACUCUGUCCUAUGGAGAAAGGAACCAAGGCGUCAGGAGUGGCCACAACAGGAAGUGGACGAGGGAUUACAUUAAAAGGACGGACUCCUUGCUCAGGAUGAACCGGCGCAGAGAGGUCGAGCCCUUUGCUUCUCCCCUCGGGGGGUGGGGGCUUCAGCAAUCUUGUACAGUAAAGCUCACGCUGUGACUUUUAAAAGAACAUUUCUUCUGGCAUCUUGCUGUUCUUAACAUCUAAGAGAGACGGGAAAGAGGAGAGAUAGACAAGAGUUGCUGUCCAGGGAAUCAAGAUCAAGAAAGAUAGGAGGCACUGAGCAGUAAAGGUCAUGUUCCAGACGUGGAUCCGCAACGCUGGAAGCACUUGGCGAGGCCCCCCUACUCCUAUCGGAACGUUACAUUGUCAACUCUUCCUCUGCCAACAAGAGCGCAGGAAAGACGAGCACAACGGGGGGUAAAGAGUCUGUAAUUUCAUUGAAGACACGCUGCCAUCUGAUGAUCGUGUCAGUGGAGAAGACUGGCCUCUGUCUUCAUAGCACCAGCCAAUCUACGACUCAUCCAGCAGGCCAGUGAGACAAAGCAUGGAGCAAAGGUGGAGCCCCUGAAGAUACCGACCUGUUCAUUUUAAGAGGCAAAGCCGAUCAUCGACUUUUCAGAUGGACUCUGGAAAACCACCAGCAUUCUACUUUUUCAAAAGACAUAAGAUAGAAAAACACACUCAAGAUUGAUACAGCACAGUUUUACCUCCCGCCGUCCUCUCCUUUUGCUCUGAGCCAAUCAGAGUUGACCUCUUCAGCUGUCUACCUCCAAGAGAAAUAGAAAAGGAAAAACAAAACAUCAAUUUAUCAUUUGCUCUCAGUUCCUCUUAUUUUAUUUUUUUUUUUUUCUUCUCUUCGUGCAACAUUUCUCCAUUUACCUCAGGGAUCUUCUCCCACUGCCUACCUCCUCCACCGAAACAGCCAACGCAGUGACUGGAACACGGAGCAAAAACACACCUGUGACCUUUCACUUCUGUUACCGUGACAACCUGUAUUGCCUCUCAAGCUCUGCCCACUGCAGCCGUGACAACCAGCAAUGACCUUGGACCUCAUACCACCUGCCAGCUCAGAUCUACUCACUGCAUGACUUGUACUGAUCCACAGUUGUAGCCUGGACUUUAGGCUAGUUCAUACUGGAAGGACACACUCACUACAUCCUCACCCUUCUCUUAAAAAUAUACCUGGCAACUAUAUACCUCAGCAGACACCUCUUCUAGUUUGACACUCAGUCAAGGAAACAGAAGGGACCUCAGUGACAACAUUCACUUUCCUGGUGCUCAGUCUAACCAGCAGGUAACACAUGCUUACCAGCCUGGUGCUUCAAUCUACCCGUAGACAACUCACUCCAGCAUCUUCCAUUUGUCUUAGAGGCAAAAGUAUAGCAACCGUAGUCAGGGAGGCCUCCAGAGAAGCAGAGAGAGAGAGUACCACCUGGCAGGCGACCCCACUCCGUUAGCUUCUCAGGGAAGUCACCCUACACACGAGUCUCAUGGUAUAAGCAGUAGCAUAAGAGGCCUUCAGAGAUCACAGGGGAGAGUCAGAAUUCCCCCUUGCCUUGAACUUCUUCUUCACUCUGUGAAGCCUCCACAGAAGUAACGCUACCCAAGGAGCAGGAGAAGUUCCCAUCAGCUUUUCUUGCUCAGGUGCAAAAACCACAAGGACUGAAACACUUCCCGGCAGACUUAACUAUAAACCUUGGAACAGUAAAAAAGAGUAAACACUGACAAGAUCCACAUUCUGCGACAGUGAAGAAAAAAGGAGAGGAAAAGGCAUUUCAAGUAAAGAGAAGAAUGCGGCGCUUUCUAUUGCUUCCUCUGACGACCUGCCCACCACGCUCCUCCUAGAUUCUCAGAUGGCUGUCUAUUGACGGCGCCGGCGGCGAAUGCUGAGCAGGCUGGCGAGGUCGGGGUCCGCCUCAUUGUCCUGUGAUUGGCCGCUGGACGGUUCUGAGGCUAAAUGGAGCCAAUGUCCAACAAGCAGGAUAGCAACUCAUCGGAGGGGGACGAGAAAGGGUGGCCAGAUGUGCCAAAGAGAAAGAGGAAGAACAGCCAGUGUUCGGUGAAGAGCAUGUCUGCUCUUAGCGUCUCUGUUCCAGGGUACAUCCCCAGCUACCUGGAGAAGGAUGAGCCGUGUGUGGUGUGCGGGGACAAGGCGACUGGCUACCACUACCGCUGCAUCACCUGCGAGGGUUGCAAGGGUUUCUUCCGGAGGACCAUCCAGAAAAACCUCCACCCGGCGUACUCCUGUAAAUAUGAGGGCUGCUGCAUUAUUGACAAGAUCACCCGCAACCAGUGUCAGCUGUGCCGCUUUAAGAAGUGCAUCUCUGUGGGCAUGGCCAUGGACUUGGUGUUGGAUGAUUCGAAGCGCGUGGCCAAGCGUCGUCUGAUCGAGGAGAAUCGAGAGAAAAGGAAGCGGGAGGAGAUGGUGCGGACGCUGCAGAUAAGGCCAGAGCCCAACACGGAGGAGUGGGACCUGAUCAAGUUGGUGACCGAGGCCCACCGGCACACCAAUGCCCAGGGCUCCAGCUGGAAACAGAAGCGCAAGUUCUUGUCGGAUGAUAUUGGCCAGGGUCCUAUGGUUCCCACCUCCGACGGCGAUAAAGUGGACCUGGAAGCCUUCAGCGAGUUCACCAAGAUCAUGACACCCGCCAUAACGCGCGUUGUCGACUUCGCCAAGAAAUUGCCCAUGUUCUCAGAGCUGCCUUGUGAAGACCAGAUCAUCUUGCUGAAGGGCUGCUGCAUGGAGAUCAUGUCACUGCGCGCCGCCGUACGCUACGAUCCGGAGAGUGAGACGCUGACGCUAAACGGCGAGAUGGCGGUGAAACGUGAGCAGCUGAAGAACGGCGGGUUGGGCGUGGUGUCGGACGCCAUCUUUGAUCUGGGCAAGAGCCUGGCUCAGUUUAACCUGGACGACACGGAGGUGGCGCUGAUGCAGGCCGUGCUGCUCAUGAGCUCAGACCGUUCAGGGCUGACCAGUGUGGAGAAGAUCGAGCAGUGCCAGGAGGCCUACCUGCUGGCGUUCGAACACUACAUAAACUACCGCAAGCACAACAUUCCCCACUUCUGGCCCAAGCUGCUCAUGAAGGUGACGGACCUGCGCAUGAUCGGAGCGUGCCACGCCAGCCGCUUCCUCCACAUGAAAGUCGAAUGCCCCAGCGAACUCUUUCCGCCGCUCUUCCUGGAGGUCUUUGAGGACCAGGAAGUGUGACACCCCACCGAAAAGACACAUAAGACAAGAGAUUUGGGGGGUGGCUUUGGCGGCAGAGGAAAUGUUUGGGAAGGACAAGAGGAGAAUCAAAAACAGGAUAUAUUUUUUUGUCUUCAGUGAGAACCUGCCCCCCCUUUUUUAUGCCCCCUUUUUUUUUUCAAUCAAACACCCACAAGACCCACCACCUGCCACCAGCAAACACAUCAGCAUCACCAGAGAGAAACACACAUUUCUCAUACUGAGAGGUACACACACACACACACACACACACACACAGGAUAAUGUUGUACAUUUUCACAAGGUCAAAUUCCAAACACAGUGCCAUAAACGUAUAUUACAUGUAUAUCUAUAUGCAAACACAAUUCCUUUGCACCUGUAUGGACAAACAGCUCCACUCUGUUCCUGUGACUCAGGCAACCUGAGCAGUUUGGUUGUGGAUCUAGUCCCUCCACAUCAACGUCUCACCUCAGAAUGGUGUAGUUCUGUUUCUUAACUCUGGGACCUGACUAUUAGCUCCUCAGACAGCCCCCCCCACCCCCUUUCCACACACCCACCUCCCUCGCAUCACUUUAAUUACGAUGGUGACUGAACUCCAGCUACACGUGCAGUCCACCCCUGAGUCCGCCGCAUCUCCGUGAGUGUUCGUCGACCUACCUCCCUCACGUACCGACCUCUCUAUCUCCGUCUGUCUCGGCUACACAUAGACACGCACCCCUAACACUUUUACCUCAUACCUCAUAAAAUGUAUUUACUCAUUUAUUGUGUGGGUGCUGGCCGUCUAAUGAGACGCCAUGCGCACUUACCCAUUUACCUCUCUGCAAGCGUCAGGAGUUACAGUGGGAACACUUUGGAUGAAGCCCCUUAUCCAUAAUUUAUUAUUUACACUUACCUGCAUGACACUUUAUAAUGCCAUAUAACAAGCAUUUCUAUAUCUUAUAUGACAUUGUGGGUGUGUUAAUAAUAAAUGGCAGGUCAUAAGAUGGUAAGAGCAUCCAAAUGCUUUCUGUUAACAUACUGAAGAGAGUCUAGGUAAGCUUAACACAAAGGCACAAAAGAAUCGACCAUGUCUCCAGAGUUAUAUAUUCCAACAACCAUUUGAUUAGUUGCCCUUAAAUGUCCCCUGAGGAGCAAUUGUAAUGUCUUCUCAUCCUCUCAAAAUGUCACUUUCUCCAUUAUGGCAAAAUAGCAUCAAAACUAUUUUUCCAUCCGCCUCAGCCGUGAUCAGUGUUUAGAACUGAUUAGCAAAUGUUAGUGCAUUUAUAUAAAUAGUACCAGCUAAACAAGCAAGGUCAAAAUUCACUAUUUAAUGCCAGUUGUUGGUGGAGACCAAAGCAGAGCUCCAAAAGAAAAAAGGGGAGCGAUUAUUGGACCGUCAUUCUCCAAGUGGCCAAAUGUAUGUGUAAACGCUAUGAUUACACAAUUCAUUAUGUUUACAGAAGGCACUGUUUCACUCAUAACACCAUAUAGCCGUUCAUGCAAAUUAUAGGUAAUGUAUUGUUAUGAUACAUUGUGUAUUUUCAAAGUAAACUGAAACAGGCUACACUGUUUACAUUACUUGUAUUAGAGUGUCACCCACUGUACUUAAACAUAGUUAUGUUAAUCCAUUAAAUUAAAUAAACUAAUGAUUAAAUCAUAGUACGCGCAGGAGCUGCAUGACUUGGACAGGUUGAAAACUGUUCAUGUCACAUGCACACACACACACACAUAUAUAUAUAUAUAUAUAUAUAUAUAUAUAUAUAGAAUAUAUAUCAAGAAUACCUCUCCAACACAUACCUCUUGUUUUCAUUACCUCACACGCAUACAUGCAUACAUGCACAUUAUACCCGUUCAGCUUUGUUUUGUUUUUUAAAUGUAUUACCUCAGUUGUUUUGUUUCUUGCUCGUCUCUUCCUCAUCCUAAACAACCACUGGACUGUACCACACUUCCUGCCUUCAUGUGUUUGCGUGCGUCUCCUCAGUGGAGCCCUGCCCUGUUUUUCCCAACCUUAGCCCCGCCUCCUCGCAUCCCUGCUGUCUUGUGAUAGGUUCAGCACUGGCAGAUUGGGGGGGGGUGUCACUUACUUCUGCAGGUCGCAAAAUUCUACCUCACCUCUCAGCUCUCAUCUCAGUGCAGCAGCUCUUCUGCACCUCUGACAUGCAUGAACACACACACACACACACACACACACACACACACACAGUGCACAAAUGAGUUGCCAACAUGGACCCGUUGCGUGCGCUGCACCACCGACAGUGUACCGCAGGUCUUUAGAUGGCCAUGGAUCAACGUAUGACUGCUGACAUGGCAGACGUUUGUCACUUUCCCCCUUUUAUGAUGUUUAACCACACAGUACAUGGGAACAACUGUCGCUUUGGAUUCCGAUUUUUUUUAGGGUACCUGAAAUGACAAGAGAGCAGCAGUGAAUUUGUGACAUUGCCGGACACCGAUUGAACCUAAAGGAGACUGUCACGGGACAGCGACAGCUGAUUUUUUUUGGCCCGACCGGGUCAAGUCAGUGGAUUUAUGUGGGUGGUGACUGGGAGGUAAAGAAACAACAAGCAAAGCAGCAGUAUUUUGCCUGUGGAUACAGUUUCAUCCCGGCCGACGGGAGGGAAGCGGCGAACGAGCGACUGUGGUGGGCGACAGUGUGACGCGGGCCAAGCCAACCGCCACCCACCACUCAAAAACGGAGCCUUCUCCUCGCACUUACCGUACAUCUCUGGAUCCUCCCCUCGCCGCCGCAGUAGAAAUGGACACCGGGCCAUUUAAAAAGACUUCCUGAGCUACUGUCCUAUCCCAGACAUCUAUGACAAUACGAGAAAAAAACAACAACACUGCUGAAAUAAGCUCCACCAACCACAUCCCAACUUGCCAUCCACUUGAAAUAACUAUCAGGUUUUUUUCUGUUGCACUAAAAACCACAAUGUCUGUAUCCCUUAGUAGCCCCCAAGCCUUCCUUUAUCCCCUUACCCCACAGCUUUCCUGUUUCUGCCCGUCUUAAGCAGUCUUAAUAAUAUUCUUUCUAAUAUAUAACAAAACACACACGGUCCGUUAUCCCAUCUCUUGAUUACCUGGACUGGGACGUGGCCUUUAGGUGCCACCACCCUCAGUCUUACGUAUCUAUGUUGCAGGGUAUUUAAAAUAGAACUUUAAGCGCUGAUUGUACAGGGAUAUAAACAUGCAGCAGCAGCAGCAGCAGCAGCAGCACACACACACAGCAAUAGAAGGAUCAAGCAGUACAGUUUCACACCCACCGUCUCCAGGUCUGCUGCGUUUGUACCGUCCUCUGCUCACUAUCACUGUGAAUGAAAGCCAUGUUGCAACCAGGUCAUGGCUCAGACAGGGAACCGCCGACUUAGUAAUCCUGACAUGUUCAUGUGCCUCACAGAGGUUAGUAAUGCAAAUAGUCACUAUACAGCAUAUAGGUAAUAGAUUGAAUACACACGUGUGUGUAUAUGUAUACAUAUACAUACAUACACAAACAUAUAUAUAUAUAUAUAUGAUAAAAGGUAUAUUUAUAAAGGCUAUUGUUUGUGGCAUUAGAGCGAUCAGCGGCUGAAUGGAUGCUUCCAGCUCAAAUCACGUAGCAGAGGUUCUGCCCACCUUGCAUUAUCAUCUGUAAAACAGUAGUUGCGGGUUGUUUUCAGCGGCGUGCCUCGUGGCGAUCACCAACUAGCCGUCGCAGUUCGCCCGGCCGCUGCCCAGCUCCAGGUCGCUUCAUAGAGCGCGGGGGGAGUAGCCCAAAAAGAAGCGCGAUCGCCCCUUGCGUCGGGCCGACCACGAAUGAGAGCUGGCCUGGCUUCAUGGACUGAGAUUUGGACUUGAGCUGGAAGUACAGCCUCCCUCUCUCUCUCUGUCUGUCUGUCUCUCUCUCUCUCUCUCUCUCAGCCAAAUGAUCAAUGGAGAAGUCCUCCCACUCCAAACCACACCAGCAUCACAGAGCACACUGCCUUCAGCUACGAUCAGUUGCACCAGCAUAGCAGAGAGACAGACCAGUAGUCCGUGACCAUCCUUUCUCACCGAAGAAGGACAUCAAUGCUUACUCUUUUUUUUUUUACACCUGAUCUUUUAGUUAGUUGACUAGAAGAAACGCUGACGACACACGCGAGGUACUGCAACAAGCCGGUGACGGCUGAUGUCCCUCCUGACUUGUCCUGCUCCGUUACCUCUGCGGUGCAUUCACGGGAGGGGAACUGGUGAAGCGUUCUCCUUAUGUAUCUCAACUUAGACCCGGGAAAAAGAAAAUGGAUCUGCCCUCCCUGUGUUGGCCUGGGCGGUGGUACACGGGGCAACUUUGCAGGCGAAGAGCCGCAACGACAAGCCAGACGCAGCAGCUGCCCCGUCACUUCCCACAGUCCCUCGCCGGAAGUGCAGAUCAAAACGUAAAGACUCUCUGUAUGUUUCCCGCGCGGCGACCGCAUGAAUUGUGUUUUCUCUCUCUCUCUCUCUCUCUCUCUCUCUCUCUCUCUCUCUCUCUGGUCUCCGUAGAUUUCAGUUAGGGUUGCGUUACGCUUACACUGAACUCCAAUGGGAACUUUGCUCCGCUCGGCCGCUGCAGCAUGGCACAGAACUCCUUUAACAACCGCUCUGAAGAAGUUUCAACUCUGUUCGCAGAUAAACUACGAGUACUCCUUUUGAUUACCUACCCAGGGAAGCAUCCUCUCUCUCUCUCUCUCUCCCUCUCUCUCUCUCCCUCUCCUCUUCACAUCUCUGUCCCCGUCCUUCCAUCUUCAUUCCGUCCCCAGCGUUCCCAUUCCACUCUCCUGUCAUUUCGCUCUUCUCCCCAGUCACCGUCCCUCCGGCAUCCUCCUCUAUUUAUUUCACUGUGUCUUCUUGUGCCCCCUACCCUUGUGCCCCCUACCCUUCCUUCCUACACACACACACACACACACACACACAGAAUCCUACCCUAAUACUUGGUGGAGAAAGACGACAAUCCCCGCAGCAAUAUGUCCACACGUGGAAUGUAAAAUACUGACAUUGUACAAUUAAAGACACGGUGUGAAGUCCCACACUCAUGUUGUUUUUGAUGUUGUUGACGUUGCUUUCGUCGUGCACCAAGUGUUCGUUGUUCUUAUUCUAGCGUGGAUGAGUUUGCAGGCGGAGCUAAAACGCCGGAUCAUGUGUCGGACUGCUACUGAUAAGUCCUUUGAGAAAAAGAAGAGGAAAAAAGAAGAGGCUGUAGACUAGUGGUGGGAGGACUGAAUAUCCUGAGCGAUGUAAAGCAAUGAGAUGGAGUGACUUUGUUUUUGGAUGGAGAGAAAAAAGAAGAAGCUGUUUUUGGUUUUUUUCAAUGGUUAUUUCUUUGAUGUCAUUGUUAAUUUGCAUCUGAUUUUUCUUGGUAAGUGAAUGUCUUCUCUGUGUUGAUGCUUUACUGUGAGAUAAUGGCUGUAUAUGCACUUUCAGACCGUCGUCGGUGCAGUCGUAGCUAGUGCUCAAACGUCACCCGAGGGCCGCGGUGUUCGGUCCCCUUCAGCUCAGGCUAAUGCUUCCAAACGGCACGAUGUGUCAUCGGAUACAGAUUUGAGACUUCAAAUUUGCCCUGAUUCUGGUGCUGAAAUCUAUAAUUCAAAGUGUGUCCUGACCAUUACAAAGUCGAUGGGACUUUUGGAUUGCGUACCGUAACAUAUAAUGUUAUUGGAAUGACUUUUUAUUGUUUUUGUGUUUCAUUCUCUUUGUUUUUCUACAAUCCGUAUGCAAGGGAAAUUUGAGACUGCCCUCCCUUUACCAAAACACCCUGCCAAUACCUCUGAAUUACAAUAAUCGAAUAAUCUCGAUACAAACAAUUGUUUAUUGGUUCGUUGUUAAAAAAAUAAUAGAGGUUCAGUUGUGAUUUUUGAAAAUGUUUAUCUUGAUAUAAUUGUAAAUGAAGUGUUUCAUCAAAUCCUGUUACCUGAGCUGGAGGUGAACGAACCCUGAACCCUGCUUUCCACAGUUGCUUUGGCUGUAUCACUUUCUGGGCCGGGCUUUUGCUCUUGUAUCCCCUGAUCUCAGACCAGGGCUCAUCAUGCGAUAUAUAAAUCUGCCAUGUAUUACUCUCAGUGUUGUGACGACAAUAUUGCUUUUGAUGGAAGACAAGCCUACAAACACACAAACAGGAACGACAUUAAGUGAAACGAUAAAAAAAAAAAAAUCUCAAAAUGGAAACCAAAAAAAAACAGAAGAGAGAUUUAUACAACUGUUCAUACCUCAUCACACUGCUUUGUGCCAGAGUAAGGGAGGGGGAGGGGUCGGAACUUCUGAGGUAGAUUGGAAUGUGGCCCCCAAACUGGUUGAAUCAAACUGGUGGCUUGAAGAAAGUUUGUCGGGACAAAUUAGUAUGUAGCUCCUGGCCAAAGCCUCUCCCCAUCCCCGAAAUGUGAGACUCAGAAAGAGGAAAAACACAUUUGUACAAGGUGCAUCCAAUUGGUAAAAAAAGAAGAAGAAAAAAAAACGUACAGCACUUACUUACUUGUGAUAUGUCUAUAAGGAAGUGGUCGCAUGAAAGUGUGGAGCCACGCGUUGAGUAUUCAUCAUCGGCUGGACGACGUGUACUUUCCUUCUGGACGCGUUGUUCUGCCCCGACCGACCAAGAGAGGCCCGAGCGCCGUCGUCAGGACGCAGGUCGAGUGCAUUGAGUCGUUUGGCCCAAGUGACGAGUCUCAGACCCGGUCAAGACAACGACAAGCGAUUCUUCUCAAGAGCCCCCCCCCCCCCCCCCCCCCCGGAGAGAAACCCUCCUCUCUCCGAGCCCCCAAAUCCCCUCGGGUGCAAAACAUAUGCAGCUGCACACUUGUAUUUGUGAACCGUUGUACUUUAACGCAGGCCUGUAAAUUGUGCCUUGAAUGAGGUUGAGGACCCCCCGGGGUCCCGGACUGCUCGUCCCACGACGCAAAGCGUCCUCUGGUGUGUGUAUUUGACGCUCCCCGCAGCCCCCCCUCCACAGUGACCUAUGCAGUGAGCACACAACUCGGCCCCAAUUCGCCAAAUCUGAGACGCGUCGCGCGAGGCCCCCUGCACGAGCAGAAGGCCACUUGAUAAUUCUUUCUUCUUUUUUUUUCUUUGUCUCUUUUUUUGGGGGGGGUGGGGGGGGCAGCACAGUGUUGAAUGUAAAGCCCAGUGAGGUGCGGUGUGAAACGCCCCCGGUGAGAGUCUGACGGUGUCUUUGAAUAAUGCUGGUCAUGGGUUUGUAACGGGCACAGUUGUUGUUUUGUCUUGAUCCCUGUGACAAAUCAUUCAUGGCACAAUCAGAGAAUGGCAUCUCGAUGGCUCAGAGCUGUUUGUGUUCGUGGCUAUGUGACAUUCAUUUUCAGCAUUAUAAAGUUAUUUGAUAUCAA